AGUAAAAUAUUUUUAGCCAAGAAUCCAUUUGAUAUAUGGGAGACCUUAGAGAUGAGGAAAAACAUUGUUGGGUUUAGGCCUAGUUCUACCUCCGGUAGGGGUAUCUCAAAAACUAAAGCUCUUUCUGACCAUCUGUCACUAGCCUAAUUUGCAGGUCGUAUGUUUAGAACAGGAAAUCGCGUUGCCAGGACAACGUGACAUAUUCACUUACUGGCCUGGUUACGUUUAUGCUGUGACGCACUCGGAAGAUCAUGAACCGCGGGAAAGUUUUACACGUGAUCACAUCUACAGACAUUUUUGGCUGAAGCCGACAGUGGAUGCCAGCUCGGAAAAUCGAAUGGAAAUGGUAAGUUGUUAAAAUUUUGUCACUGGGUAAUUGAACAUUGUGGUUAAGGAGCAUUCAAUAUUAGUUUUAGCUCGUUAUAGUAGAUAUAAUGUCAACUGUAUUGCGUACAGAGGCGGUUCUGUUUUUAUUUCGCUGCGUAGCCCUGGUCCUGUAAUUCCAUUAACUCGAGCCUCGUGGACAUUUGCUAACUAUGCUAGAACUUGCAAUCACUGCUUAGUGCUCUGUGCUACGUGACAAAAACAUAUAAUUCCAUUAGCUGGAGCGUCGAGGAUAUCCGCUAACGAUGGUAGAAACUUCCAAACACUGCUUACAUGCGCUAUCCUUGCUACUUGGCAAAAUUGUUAAGCUUAACAUGUGAUUCCAUUAGCUGGAGCAUCGUGGAUAUUUGCUAACAAUGCUAUCGAUAGAAACUUCCAAACUCUGCUUAGGAGUAGUAGCCGUAGUAGUAAUAAUAUAUUUACCUUAUCUGCGCUGUCGUUGCUACGUGACAAAAUUGUUAUCAUGAACAUUAAUUUAAACAUGUCAUUGAAUAGUUAGAAAUCCUAAUCCUUUGAUCAUGUGCAGUUUUAAAAUAUCUGUAGAUCAUUUUUGCUGAAUUGGUGCUGUACUUGAUUAACAGAUCAUUAACAAUGACAACAAACAGGAAAGCCCCUGAAAGAGAUGCCCUUGAACAUGUGGUCAAGGCUAUUGACAAGACUGCACACUUGGAAGUGAAAUUCAUAAACUCUGUCAAAGGUCGAGGUGUGUUUGCCAAAUCCCACUUUGAAAAAGGAAACUUUGUGGUGGAGUACCGAGGCCAAUUAAUAAAAUCUGAAGAAUCUCAAAGGAGGAGGAGAGUAUAUCAUAGUCAAUGUGCAGUCUUCCUGUUCGAUUUCUACUGGCAAGAAAGAUUAUGGUGCAUUGAUGCAGCUCAAGAAGAUGGCAGCUUGGGAAGAUUAGUUAAUGAUGAGAACAUCCGUCCCAAUUGCAAAAUGAAAAAGCUCAUAGUAGAGGGGAAGCCACACCUCUGUCUUUUCGCCCUGAGGAACAUUAUUCCUGGAGAGGAGAUUACGUAUAAUUAUGGAGGAACUGACUGGCCAUGGAGGAAUAAGAUUGAAGAGGAACCAGUUGAGACAAUGUCUCCUGCAGUAGAGGCCCCUGAAACAUCUCCGCAGCUUUUAGAGGCCCCUGAAACAUCUCCGCAGCUUUUAGAGGCCCCUGAAACAUCUCCGCAGCUUUUAGAGGCCCCUGAAACAUCUCCGCAGCUUGCAGUGCUAUCAUCAGUGUCCGAGAAAAAGAUUGAAGAGGAACCAGUUGAGACCAUGUCUCCUGCAGUAGAGGCCCCUGAAACAUCUCCGCAGCUUUUAGAGGCCCCUGAAACAUCUCCGCAGCUUUUAGAGGCCCCUGAAACAUCUCCGCAGCUAGCAGUGCUAUCAUCAGUGUCCAAGAAAAAGAUUAAAGAGGAACCAGUUGAGACCAUGUCUCCUGCAGUAGAGGCCCCUGAAACAUCUCAGCAGCUUGCAGUGCUAUCAUCAGUGUCCAAGAAAAAGAUUGGAAAGAAACGUCUUAUGACCAAAUCUGCCGCAGUAGAGGCCCCUAAAACAUCUCAGCCGCCUGCAGUGCUUUCGACAGUGUCCAAGAAAAAGAUUGGAAAGAAACGUCUUAUGACCAAAUCUGCCGCAGUAGAGGCCCCUAAAACAUCUCAGCCGCUUGCAGUGCUUUCGACAGUGUCCAAGAAAAAGAUUGAAGAGGAACCAGUUGAGACCAUGUCUCCUGCAGUAGAGGCCCCUGAAACAUCUCCGCAGCUUUUAGAGGCCCCUGAAACAUCUCCGCAGCUUGCAGUGCUAUCAUCAGUGUCCGAGAAAAAGAUUAAAGAGGAACCAGUUGAGACCAUGUCUCCUGCAGUAGAGGCCCCUGAAACAUCUCAGCAGCUUGCAGUGCUAUCAUCAGUGUCCAAGAAAAAGAUUGGAAAGAAACGUCUUAUGACCAAAUCUGCCGCAGUAGAGGCCCCUAAAACAUCUCAGCCGCCUGCAGUGCUUUCGACAGUGUCCAAGAAAAAGAUUGGAAAGAAACGUCUUAUGACCAAAUCUGCCGCAGUAGAGGCCCCUAAAACAUCUCAGCCGCUUGCAGUGCUUUCGACAGUGUCCAAGAAAAAGAUUGAAGAGGAACCAGUUGAGACCAUGUCUCCUGCAGUAGAGGCCCCUGAAACAUCUCCGCAGCUUUUAGAGGCCCCUGAAACAUCUCCGCAGCUUGCAGUGCUAUCAUCAGUGUCCGAGAAAAAGAUUGGAAAGAAACGUCUUAUGACCAAAUCUGCCGCAGUAGAGGCCCCUAAAACAUCUCAGCCGCCUGCAGUGCUUUCGACAGUGUCCGAGAAAAAGAUCGAAGAGGAACCCGUUGUGACUAAUUCUACAGCAGUAGAGGCCCCUCAAACAUCCCAGCAGCCUGCAGUGCUUUCGUCAGUUUCCAAGAAAAAGAUUGGAGAGAAACGUACUGUGAUUGAGUCUGGACUAGCUGACCGUUAUGAAACACCUGAACACUGUGGUCUGCUUUCGCCCAAGAAAAAGAGAUGUAAUCUAAUUCAGGAGUCCUCAGACCAAGACCAACCUUAUGUCCCUAAACUGAGGAGGACCAAAAGCAUUCAGAUUAACAGACAAACCGAUUUUGAUUCCUAUGAGCUUUUUGAGACAUCAGAUGAAAGUGAAGAAGAAUAUGUUCCUGAUACAAGCGAGGAUUCAUCUGAUGAAACGGACACCAGUGAAGUUUUUGAAACAUCCAAUCAGAAGAAAAUUACAUUAAGGGGACGCUCACUCGUACGAAAGGGCAGUGCUUUGAAACGGAAAAGGCACCAUUCCAGAAGUGUAUCCUGUUGCCGAACACAUUCUUUUGGUGGACAGUCAUCAGAAACUUCAUACACUGAAGACCCUCAUGGAAGCUCGACACUGGUUUGUCCUGACAGUACUACUUCCCCCACUUCAGAUGUAGCUGACGACUUACUUACCGUACCUGCUGUCUGUAAAAAAGAGGAUGGAUCACGACAAUAUAACAAAAAACAGUACUGUUUAUACUGUAAAAAGGGAUUUAUAAAAAUGGCCAGGCAUUUAGAGCGUGCUCAUAAAAACGAGAAAGAAGUUGCACAGGCUGGGUCUUUUCCAAAAGGUUCUAAACAAAGAAGACUGCAUCUGGAACAUUUGAGAAAUAGAGGCAACUUCGCCCACAAUUCUGAGGUCUUAAAUACUGGUGUUGGAAAGCUUGUUCCUCGGAAACAACCAAAAGAUGAUUCUAAACCCAGAGAUUUUGAUCACUGUAUAUAUUGUCAAGGCUAUUUCACAAAGAAAGUUAUGUGGCGCCACAUGAUGAUAUGCAAGUUUAAGCCUAGUGGCCCUACGAAGCCUGGCAAAACACGGGUGCAAGCACUUUGUGCUUUUGCUGUACCACCACCACCUGGAGUCAAAGCAGAAUUCUGGAAGGUCCUAAACCAUAUGAUUCAAGAUGACGUUUACUUUGCAGUUAAAUCUGAUGUCUGGAUCAUGGAGUAUGGUGUGCAUUUGCAUAACAAGCAUGGAUAUGAUGUUGGCAAACAUGAAUAUAUCCGUCAGAAAAUGAGGGAACUGGGAAGGCUUUUGAUUUGUUCGAGGAAAACCACUCCCUUGAAGACCAUCGAAGAUCACAUGAAGCCUGAAAAUUUCAUGCAUGUUGUGCAAGCUGUGCAACUCGUGGCUGGCUUUGUCUCUGAAUCCAGCACCUACAAGCGUCCAAGUCUUGCACUAAAAAUUGGGCAUAGUCUGGUGAAGAUAUCGCUGCUUCUUGAAGCCCGUGCAAGUAUGCAAAACAACCAACCAGCAGCAAAAGAUGCUCGUAGGUUCCGCUCAGUGUACGAAGCCAGAUGGAACGAACUCAUUUCAGCUGCAUCACUGAGAACAAUGCAUGAAUCGAAAUGGAAUGUUCCUCAGUUGAUUCCGUUCACUAAGGAUGUUCAGAAACUCCACUCCUAUUUGGACAUGCAGCAGGAACAGUUUUACAACGAACUGUCCUCAGAGCCGUCUAAAAACACUUGGGUACAUCUGACUAAAAUCACUUUGACACAAGUCAUGAUGUUCAACCGACGUAGAACAGGAGAAGUUUCAAAAAUGCCCCUCUCUACCUAUUUUGCUCCAAAUCCAGUAGAUCUGCAGGAAGAUGUGGGUAUGGCGCUUUCAGAGCUAGAGAAAAAACUCUGUCAGCAUUUCAGGAGGUUGGAGAUACGAGGAAAAAGAGGAAGAAAGGUCCCUGUCCUCCUAACUCCAGAAAUGCAGAGAUCGUUGGACCUCCUUGUUGCCAAGCAGCAAGGCGACUUGAGUGUGGGAUUCUUAAGGAAAAUGGCUACCUAUUUGCCAGGCCGUCUGUAUUGACCUGCUACCGUGGUUCUGAUUGUAUCAGAGAUUUUGCCAAGGUCUGUGGUAUUGCAAACUACACAAGUCUCACUUCUACAAAACUGCGCAAGCAAACCGGAACACUCUCUCAAGUUCUCAACCUCAGUAAUACAGAGCUGGACCAAUUAGCCAAUUUCCUUGGCCAUGAUGUCAGAGUCCAUCGGCAAUUUUACAGGCUGCCUGAAGGGACCCUUCAACUUGCUAAAAUUAGCAAAGUCCUCUUGGCUCUUGAACAGGGGCGUUUGGCAGAAUUCAAAGGCAAAGGCCUGGAUGACAUCACAAUCGGUCCAGAAGAGAGUGUGAACCUUGACAGUGACCAUGAGGCACAGGAGAAUGUAGACAGUGACACUGAGGUACAGCGUGAGUCUGACACACAAGAAACCCAGUCUCAGAAGAGAGAGAGGAGUACAGAAGGGUUGAUGGAGAAAGAGGUCAAGGUUAAGUUGGAAAAGAUGAGUGAAGUAAUCUAUAACUAUGUCUUAGACAGGUUUGGAUGUGUGUGCCUUGAUCAAGAAUAGUUUUCUUCAUAUGUUUCCUUAAGAAAACUAGUUUUCUUUCCCUUUUGCUUGGAUGGGGGGUUUUGAACCUGGGUUGCCCGUUUGUGAGGCAAGUGCCUUGGCCAUUGUGCUACAGUGGAGUUGAAGAUCAGUGUAACUUAAGGUAAUAUGUGAAUAGGUACACCCCAGACCAGUAGAGGGCAGCAAUGCAGAUUCUUGGUCAGUAGAAGCACAGCUGAAGAAGAGCAGACUAAGUUCCGUGGAGCUAGCGACAGUAAGCGACAGUACGCGACAAUAGCGGGCAAUAUGGCGGCGAAAAGCAUCAAAAUAAAGUACAAAAGCGGACACAGAGUGUUUUACGGCUAAAUGAACGGGAAAGCAGUUCAGAUGGAGACGACAGAAGAAAAAGUGUCCAGAAGAAAAAGUCCAAGACCAUUCACAAGCCACAGAAGAGGAGGCCCUGGGAAACCGAGGAGAUAGCUGCUGUGGAAAAACACAUGAGAAACUUCAUUUUGACCUGCAAUGUUCCAAGAAAGUGUGACUGUGAUAAGUGCCUUAAAUCAGAGCCAGUUGCACUAAAAAAUAGAGACUGGAAGGCACUCAAAUUUUACAUAAAAAAUCGAAUUACUGCACUGAAGAGGAAAAUGUGAAAUGAGGAAGGAUGAUAGACAGGAAAGAGAUGAGAGGGGGUAGAGUUUGGGGGUACCAUAUAGAGA